CUCUCAGCUGGCACUGUUUGGGUGUAGAGACGGAAAAAUGGCAGCUGACACUGGGAGAUACAGGACUGCAGUGUCCAAAAGCAAGGACCCUUCUAGUUUAUUAAUCUCUGUUAUAAGGACCCUGUCAAACAGCGACGAUGUUCAGGACCGGGAGACGGAGAAGAGCCGUCUGGAGGAGGCCUAUGAGAAAUGUGACCGUGAUCUGGAUCAGCUCAUUGUUCAACACUACACGGAGCUCACCACGGCCAUCCGCACCUACCAGAGCAUCACUGAGAGGAUCACUAGCUCUCGCAACAAGAUUAAACAGGUGAAGGAGAACCUGCUGUCCUGUAAGAUGCUGCUCCACUGUAAGAGGGAUGAGUUGAGGAAGCUGUGGAUCGAAGGCAUCGAGCACAAACACGUCCUCGAGCUGCUGGACGAGAUCGAGAACAUCAAGCAGGUUCCUCAGAAACUGGAAGCUUGCAUGGCCAGCAAACACUACCUGCAUGCUACUGACAUGCUGGUGUCAGCGGUGAAGUCUCUGGAGGGGCCUCUGCUGCAGGUGGAGGGUCUGAGUGACCUGAGGCUGGAGCUGCACAGCAAGAAGCUCAACAUUCAUCUGGUGCUGAUCGAUGAGCUGCACCGCCACCUCUACAUCAAGUCCACCAGCCGCGUGGGCCACAGGGGCAAGGACAAAGGACGGGCCGGAGGGUCCACUCCAAAGGACUCGUCCAUUUUGGAGGUCAGCAGUCUGUCCACUCCACGGAAACUGGCCGAGACGUCCCAGUUCAGCACUCCAACAGCAUCCAACAUUCGAGAUCUGCAGGACGAUCUGGACGCAGACCCAGAAGAGAACAGCGCCGAGUUCAUGGGGAUCCUGAUCAAAGCUUUGGCCAAACUCAAGAAGAUCCCCGAGACCAUUAACGCCAUCCUGGAGCGUCUGGAGCCAGAACUCAAGCAGAUCCUGAAAAGAUCCACCACCCAGAUCGCAGACCACGCCUACCAGAGAGGAGAGAGCCUGGGACAGGACAACCAGCCACGGCUGCUCCUGGAACUGCUGGAGCUGCUGUUUGACAAGUUUAACGCCGUGGCCACGGCUCACAGCAUUGUUCUGAACCAUCUGCAGCAGAUUGUGGUGUCUCCCAGUGGAGCUCAGGAGGGCAUCAAGCUCUACGAACAGGCCGAUGUCUCCGCCAAGAUCCAGACUGUCCUACAGGUGCUCCUGAUGGACUACCUGGACGUAAAGAACACACGCAGCGCAGCCGAACCCUCGGCCCAGCUCUCCUACGCGAGCACCGGCAGUGACUUUGGAGCGUUUUUCGCCAAGAAGAAACCACUUCGUCCCAAACAGUCUCUCUUCAAGUUUGAAUCGUCCUCCCACGCCAUAAGCAUGAGCGCGUACCUGCGAGAACAGCGACGAGAACUUUACAGCAAGAGCGGAGAGCUCCAAGGAGGAGCUGAUGAUAACCUGAUCGAAGGAGGAGAGACCAAGUUCCUGUGUAAGCCCGGAGCCCGGAACAUCACGGUCAUCUUCCAGCCUUUGCUCAGGUUCAUUCAAGAGAUCGAGCUGAGCAUGGGUCCGGGGAAACAGUGCCAGCUCCGCACCUUCCUCACCUAUUAUAUCAACGAGCUGUUUCUGAACCAAGUACGCACCGAGACCAAUAAAGAAAUAGAAACCGUCACUAAAGUGGCUGAUCCUCUGAAGAUCCUGGCCAGUGCUGACACCAUGAAGAACCUGGGCAUCCAGAGACCUCUUCUACAGAGCACUGUGAUCGUUGAGAAGUCCAUCCAGGAUCUGAUGAGUCUCAUGCAGGAUCUCAGUGCUUACUCUAACCAGUUCCUGGAGAUGGUCUGUGACAAGCUCAAAGAGUACAAGGAGAUCUGCAACACUGCCUACAGGAGUAUAGUGCAGUGUGAGGAAAAGCUGACCAUCAGCGCCUCCUGGGCCAAAGACGAGGACAUCAGCCGCCUGUUGCAGUCACUACCCAACUGGGCCAACAUGACACAACCCAGACAGCUGCGUCAGAAACGAGAGGAUGAGGAGGAUUUUACACGAGCGGCUUUUGCUAAGGAGUCUGAGGUGCUGACGGGGAACCUGGGAGACAAGCUGAUUCCUCAGAACGAGAUUCUUCGGGAUGUCAGUGACCUGAAGGCUCUGGCUAACCUGCAGGAGAGCAUGGAGUGGCUGGCUGUUUGCCUCAAAGGCUUCUUCUCCAGCCUGCCACAAAGCUCUAGUGCAUCCCCAGGCUCAGACGCUCAGGCGAGCAGUGAGAGCGCACGUAAUCGGGAGCACAUCCUGCAGACUCUUUCAGACCUUGCUAGAUCUUUCCAGGAUAUCGCUGACCGCUGCCUGCUCGUCCUGCACCUGGAGGUCAGGGUGCACUGUUUCCACUAUCUCAUCCCCCUGGCCAAACAGGGCAACUACGCCAUCGUAGCCAACGCCGCCAGCAUGGACUACGACCCCCUGGUGGUCAAGCUGAAUAAAGACAUCAGCGCUAUUGAGGAGGUGAUGGGAGCCGCGCUACAGCAGCACAAGUUCCAGUACAUCUUCGAGGGUCUGGGCCACCUGAUCUCCUGCAUCCUGAUCAACGGGGCUCAGUACUUCAAGCGCAUCAGCGAGUCUGGAAUUAAGAAGAUGUGCAGGAACAUAUUUGUGCUCCAGCAGAACCUCACCAACAUCACCAUGUCACGCGAGGCCGAUCUGGACUUUGCUAGGCAGUACUAUGAGAUGCUGUACAACACAGCAGACGAGUUGUUGAACCUGGUGGUGGAUCAGGGCGUGCGUUACAGCGAGCUGGAAUACAUCAACGCUCUGAGCCUCCUGCACCGCAGCCAGACGGGCGUGGGAGACCUGAGCGUCCAGAACACACGCCUACAGCGCCUCAAAGAGAUCAUCUGCGAGCAGGCUGCCAUCAAACAGGCCACCAAGGACAAGAAGAUCACCACCGUGUAAACACACACACACACACACACACACACACCUGUAUAUGUCAGUUCACGUUUUCACUUAAUGGACAAUGCUAGAAGAAUAUAGAUGGCAUUGUACACACACACACACACACACACACACACACACACACACACACACACACACAAAAUUAGUCUUUAAUGAAAUAAUCCCUCGGAGCAUGUCUCACCAACCACGGCUUCACCUCGUGGAAUAAGCAGAUGGAAUCUGGACGCGUGACUCGAGGACACUCUCAUCUCAUUUUCCUGAAAUAUAAAAGCACUGCUCUUGGUUAUGUGGUGUCUCUCUCACACACACACACACACACACACCCGGGUGUGUCUACAAUCACACACUGCAGAUCAGAGCCCUGGAAUUAUGAUCCGAGACGCCCUGACGUUUUUUUUUUUUCUUGUGAAGCCAAGGACUUUUUUUUUUUUUUAAAUUCUGCAUUUCUUUGCCUUUCUUUAACACUGCUGUUUAUUUAGAAGGAAGAAUAAUUAAUCAUAUAUCGUUUCAGCGCUCGGGGUGUGUGUAGGGGGGGGGAGAGGUCUCCAGCCUCUUACUGCAGCUAUUAAAACUUUAAUUUGCCUCUUUUUUUCCUUAAGUCUUACUCACUUAGUCUGUCUCUCACUCACUCGUUCUCUUGUUCAUGCACACGCGCACACGGGGAGCCACAAAUCAUUCAUUCUUUCUGCCCCAUGGUGUUUUUAGUUCAUUAACUCGGAAGAAAAGUGCUUAACAAGAGAAGGAGAAAGAAAGCCCUGUCAAUAUAGAAACGCAGGCACCAGGCAAUGGCGCUCCCUGAAGCCUGUGCAGCGAUACAUCAUUAUGACUCGGUGUCAGGAAUCAAUAUCAGCCUACAGGGGUUUCUGAACGUAUUAACGUGGCGAAAACAUCUUUAAUAUUCCGACUUGGUUUGAACGAUCGCAUGCAUAUGGAGAGGAAGCGACGGAGAGGUUGCAGAAGUGUCGCAGGAGUGAAGCUGUUUUUCUGAACGCGAGUUAUACCUGAUGCUUUCGACCUGAACAUCAUUUCAGUUGUGUGUGUUUUUUUUUUUUUUUAAUAUAAAGUUAAUGACCAGUCCCUCAGCAGAAUAGCCCGAAACUCUGAAAAUAUUUUGUAUGCUUUUUAGAAAUCGUGUUUUAUUCGUUCUGUUGGUUUUUCCUGUUCUAAGCGUUGAGGUUUUUGCGCACAGCUAUGUAAGAUGAUCAGUUUUGCUUUGCGUCCUGCGAAAAUGGAAUAAAAUCCCCCUCAUUUGCAUUUCAAUUCUGUACAAUAACCUCAAAAAAAUGGAAAUAAAUAAAGUGGACUCCUU